AUGAUCACCAGAAGCCGGCGACUGCUAUCUUCUCUCCUCUCAUCGACAUCCCUUCUCGCCAACGCGAAACCCACUUCGAGUCCAAUCCCAUUCCCGCCAUUUCAAUCCUUUCAACGCCCCUCCUUCCAUGGCGCUAAUGGGGCAUCUGGGUUUCUGGGUUCCCAUCGAAAUUACAGCUUGUUGAGCUUGAAUGACUUGAGGGACAACAUACCCAGGAAGCAGAAGACCAGAAAGGGGCGCGGGAUUGGGUCAGGGAAGGGGAAGACUGCUGGGAGAGGUCACAAGGGACAGAAAGCUAGAGGGACUCAUAAGUUUGGAUUCGAAGGUGGGCAGACGCCGAUGCGCCGCCGUCUCCCCAAGAGAGGGUUUAAAAAUCCAUUUAGCCUCACUUUCCAGCCAUGUGGCCUGGGAAAGAUUGCAAGACUUAUAAAUGCUGGGAAGAUAGAUUCUCAUGAACUGAUCACAAUGAAGACGCUCAAGGAUACUGGAGCCAUAGGAAAGCAGAUAGAAGAUGGAGUAAGACUCAUGGGACGUGGCUGUGAGCACAUUGUAUGGCCGAUCCAUAUAGAGGUGUCAAGGACGACUGUUAGAGCCAAGGAAGCAGUCGAAGCAGCUGGAGGAUCGGUCCGACGGGUGCACUACAACAAGUUGGGGUUGCGAGCACUGCUGAAACCAGAGUGGUUCGAGAAGAAGGGGAGGCUUCUGCCCAGGCCAGCUAGACCUCCUCCAAAGUUGAAGCACAAAGUUGAUAGCAUUGGCCGAUUGCCCGCGCCAACCAAACCAAUCCCAUUUUACAUCGUGGAAAAUGAAGGCGACGAGAAGGUGGUGGGGGCAGAAGAAUCUCCCCAGCUCACUGAUUGA